AUGGCUGCGUCCGUGGCGCGGCGCUUGUGGCCUUUGGUGGCUGCUCGGGGUCUUUGGCCCCGGAGAGGCUGUGUCUGCAGCCAUAGCCCAAGGAGAACUUUUGCCACGGAGAGACAAGGCCGGAACCUCCUGUACGAGCACGCGCGCGAGGGCUACAGCGCUCUCCCUCAGCUGGACAUGGAGUCGCUCUGCGCAUGCCCGGAAGAGGCCGCGCGCGCCCUACGGCUCCGCAAGGGGGAGCUGCGGCCGGAAGACCUGCCCGCGAUCAUCUCCACAUGGCAGGAGCUGAGGCAGCUGCGGGAGCAGAUCCGGAGUCUGGAGGAGGAGAAGGAGGCUGUGUCUGAGGCAGUACGGGCCCUGCUGGUAAACCAGGACAACGGUGAGGUGCAGCAGGACCCCCAAUAUCAGAGCCUGCGGGCACAUGGCCGGGAGAUCCGCAAGCAGCUCAUGGUCCUGUACCCCAAGGAGACCCAGCUCGAGGAGCAGUUCUUCCUGCAGGCGCUGAGGCUGCCCAACCGGACCCACCCGGACGUGCCCAUCGGGGACGAGAGCCAGGCCCGAGUGCUGCACGUGGUCGGAGACAAGCCAGCUUUCUCCUUCCCACCCCGGGGCCAUCUGGAAAUCGCCGAGAAACUUGACAUCAUCCGUCAGAAGCGCCUGUCCCACGUGUCCGGCCACCGCUCCUACUACCUCCGUGGGGCUGGGGCCCUCCUGCAGCACGGCCUGGUCAACUUCACACUCAACAAGCUCAUCCACCGGGGCUUCACUCCCAUGACAGUGCCAGACCUUCUCCGAGGAGCUGUGUUUGAAGGCUGUGGGAUGACACCAAAUGCCAACCCAUCCCAGAUUUAUAACAUCGACCCCUCCCGCUUUGAAGACCUCAACCUGGCUGGGACAGCAGAGGUGGGGCUUGCAGGCUACUUCAUGGACCACUCCGUGGCCUUCAGGGACCUGCCCAUCAGGAUGGUUUGUUCCAGUACCUGCUACCGGGCUGAGACAGACACAGGGAAGGAGCCAUGGGGACUAUAUCGAGUACACCACUUCACCAAGGUGGAGAUGUUUGGAGUGACAGGCCCUGGGCUGGAGCAGAGCUCACAGCUGCUGGAGGAGUUCCUGUCCCUGCAGAUGGAGAUCUUGACUGAGCUGGGCCUGCACUUCCGCAUCCUGGAUAUGCCCACCCAGGAACUGGGCCUUCCCGCCUACCGCAAGUUCGAUAUCGAGGCCUGGAUGCCAGGCCGCGGCCGCUUCGGUGAGGUCACCAGCGCGUCCAACUGCACGGACUUCCAGAGCCGCCGGCUACACAUCAUGUUCCAGAAGGAGGCUGGGGAGCUGCAGUUCGCCCACACGGUGAACGCCACGGCCUGCGCCAUCCCCCGCCUCCUCAUCGCCCUCCUGGAGAGCAAUCAGCAAGAGGUGAGGCGGGCGAGGAUCGCACGCGGGGAGGCAGAGGGUGCAGGCCUGGGGCAGUGGCAGCGACCUGAGGCCUGCUUUGUCCCCAGGAUGGCUCAGUCCUCGUGCCCCCUGCCCUCCAGCCCUACCUUGGCACUGAUCGGAUCACGGCCCCCACCCACGUGCCUCUCCAAUACAUCGGCCCCAACCAGCCCCAGAAGCCCAGGCGCCCGGGCCGGCCUGUUUCGAGCUGAGAACUCACCCCCAUCAGUCAGCCGGGCUGUGGCUGCUUCCUGGAGCUCGGGGGACCCUGGAAGCCCGGGACCUAUUUUCCUGAGCAGAGUCCUGACAUCUGCAGCUCCGUGCCUGGGCCCCUUCCCUACUUCCUCAGAAUCAGCCAGUGACCCCGUCGCCACUGACGGUCCCAGCCUGCACCAGAAAGCAGGACAUCUGGGGACUUGAAGGUUGUAGGAAUGAGGGGAAAAGAGGAAGAAGCCUCCAAUACUCCUUCCUCCUUCCCUCCCUCAGUACUUAGCAGGAAGUCCCCAAUAAAUGGUCAGAACCAA